AUGACCCUGAAAAAUCUCUGCCAGGUCUCCAAAACACUACGAUUCGUUGCCGAACCCGUACUUUAUCAUUACUGGAAGGGUACCUUUGCACCCGACACGCUAGGUACCGACAAGCUAGGUGCCGACAUGUUCGCCGUGUCCUCGAUAGGCUUUAUAUCCAGGCUCCAUGCCCGCCCUCAUCUCUGGAGAUACGUCAGAGCCUUGAAUAUCAGGGACAGUGCACGGGACGAAUAUUCCUACGGUCCGUCCUUUCCAUUUGGCGACAAUCUCGAGUAUGAAAACAAUCCAAUAAUCACCGGGAAGGCCGUUUCGAGAGUCAAACGCAUUGCAGCCUCUGCCGGCAUCAAGUGUUCUAGCUCUGACUUCAGCGCGCAAAAUUUUGCGGAAAGCAUUGCUCAAAUCAUGCUCGCCAUGGCCCCUCGCCUAAAUGAACUCACUCUCAUUGCGGCGAGAAGCUGGGAUUUCCGCCUCUUUGUUUCCAAACUCGAACUUGACCUUGCGCCCCGUCGAUGCAUAUGCAUGGAUUGUAGCCAUUAUGAUGCUGAUAUCGACGACGCCUGGUUCGAGCGCCGUGCUGAGAGGCUCCUUGUCGGAGCCACCGCAUCUCAUUUGAAGAGUUUGAUCUGCACCUCUGGAUGUCUGAAAGAGGACUUUGACAUGCCUCAACUGGACUCAUUGAGAGUUGAUAUUCGACACUCUUGGCCCAACGAGGAAGCCUUCCUAAACAAUAUGAAGUGCCUACGCCGACUUGCUUUCCAGUCCUCCUGUCCCGAAAGCUUUAGGUUUCCGCUCAAGUCGAGUACAACAAUCGAAGAAUUGAGUAUCGGAUUCGGCAGGGAAGCUCGGCAACUGGAUGCAUUUGAUGGCCUUCAGUUCGAUGAGGCAAUUUUCUUUUGCAUACCACAUUUGAAGUACUUUACUAAUCUCAAGUGGCUGUCCGUUCAUGUUGAAGCGAUUUGCUGGUUCGAGGACGACCUCGACGACGAGACCAAGGCUGAGGAUGAAAUUGAAAUCUUUAUUUCUUUACUCCCCGACAGUCUGGAAAUACUUCAUAUCGACAUGACUGACGAGAGAGGAGACCCCGAAACCAUAUUCGAAUCGAUCUUGGUGGCCUUAAGCGCUAGAAAACUCAAGAAGUUGAAGGCAAUCCUGUGGUCUCCUGAAGAGAUUGCUUGGCUCGACGGCAACUUCCGUAUUGUUAGGCCUGAGACCAAUCCUGACGGUCAACCUGGAUGGUCCAUAGUCACAAAAGAGAGCCAAAAGAAAUUGGGUCGAUCGGAAAACGCAUUCUUUCCCAACUGGGAACGUGUCUUGGCCAAAUAA